UGCUGACACAACAGGUGGAACACCAAAGCGAUUAUCGAUGCGACAUUGUGUCCAUGGUUACAGUUAAUAAUACACGUCAAAAUAUUACCGUUGAAAUUAAGAAGUUAUUUAGAAGAAAUGUUGGCAAACAUCUUCAUUAGUGGACAAACAUGGUAAAACGUAUGUUUGAGCAGCCACGGCGAGCUGACGUAUUGGCAGGGAAACAAGAAAUUACUCCUAUAACGGUCCUCCCUCCAUUGCCAUUGGCUCCAAUUUCAAAUAUAGAUUGCUUGUCAGGCAAGUUAGGUAAGAAACCGACUCCUCCUCGUAAAGCAAGAACCUUUCCAGGAGCACAAUCAUUCAAUCCUCUGAGACCAAGCUCCGGAGAAGUACCAAGGAAACCAUACAAGUUUGCCACUCUUCCACCAAUAUCACAAAUAGAUUUCCUUUCCAGCAGAACGCCGGCCGACACAAAUAACAAUAUUAAGAACGAUAAGUUUCCAAUAUCAAACGUGCGUUGUCUUAACGCUGAUGAACCUAAUCUGAGAUACGAAGACUUUAACGACGUAUUGCCUUCUGGUAGAGUGGCAAAGAAAGACUUCGGAAUUAAACCUACAGACUCGGAGUUCAUCAAGUUGUGUAAAAUGAAUGGCCGAACAAAUCUGUUGAAGGAAAAGGAAAUUUUGAAUAAAUCUAUUGCCAUUGGGCUACCAGCACGUGAAUUUAAGAUGACGCAAAGAAGAACUAUUCUGCGUUCUCCCAACGAGGAUUGGACUCCUUCAGACUGGGUGAAAUUUAAAGUCUACGGCCACAAGGGACAACUUCGAUAAAUCACAAGCACAUGAAUCAUGACAAGUGAAUGAAUUGAGCAACUAACGUUGUCUAGGUUCCAAUGCGGUGCCCGUUCUUGUGCAAUUGGUUUGGUUGAAGCGACGAAUAGAAUGACAACUGCCUUAUUGCCUAUAAAGAAAUGGAGGAAGACAAGGCUACUCUACGCAGAUGUCAGAGCAAUGCAAACAUAUUGAUUUCACAUUCUCCAAUAUGAAAUUGAACGGAAAAAAGCAAAUAUUAGAUGGCUAAGCUGUAGCCGAAAUGUGUAUGCUAUAUAGAACCAACAUGUGUAAUAUACCUAUAAUUUAUAUAGUUGGAUAUUUACAACCAUUGAAAAAUGAUUGCAUUACAAAGAAAGAAAUAUGAAAGCAUGUAGUCACAUGAGAACAACUAACAGCUAAUAGUCUAACACAGUAAUAAUAUGAAAACAAUUGUGUACUACUUUUGCAUGCAGUUGUAAAAAUGCUUCCAAAGAUGAAAUAAAUAUAAUAUAUAUGUAUAUCUCUAACUGAA